AUGGAUGAUAUUUUCGUUCAAAACCAUCUUCAAAUUAUGAUUUGGAAGAGUGUUCGGGCUGCCGGGGUAUGCACAAAAUUUCUUGAUAUUUUGGACAAAACUCCCCUUAGUUCUUUGUGCUCUACCCAAAAGGUUGAGAAACUGGAGGGGAGAAUUGUCCUCUAUCAAGAGGAGGAGAAGCGGCUCCAAGGGGAGGUUACUUGGUUGAAGGAGGAAAGGUCCCAACUUCAGAAGAGGAAGAAGAAGUUGAUGGCCCAAUGUGCCAUGGCAGAGGGUCUGAAGGAGAAGGCGGAACAAAAUUAUGUCAGGGUCUUUACUGAAAACAUUGAUCUUCAACGGGAGCUGGAGAAAGGUCGGGAGGCUUAUCAGGAUUUGGAGGACUCCGUGGCGGAGAGCUCAGAGAAGGCUUGGAGGAUUUUUAAGGAGCAGGUCAAAGUUAUCGCUCCUGACCUGGACCUUUCCGCUCUUGAUCCUGAUAAGAUUGUUGUGAAUGGGGCUAUUGUUUCUCCUCCUCGACCAGAGAUGGAUUCUGAGCUAAAGACCCGUGGACAAAGACUUAUAGAGUCUCCUCCUCGUGAGGAUCAACAGGAGGGAUCUCAGCCGACGUCUUCAGAUGCUCCUACCCCUGCUGCCGAAGAGACUGCUCCGUCCUCCCCUGCCGCGGAUCCGACCUCCCUUCCUACUGAUGAUUCUAAUCCUUCCUCUAAUUGA